UUGGGCUUUUCAUUGGGCUCGAUUGAGGUCAGCCCUCACCAAUCUAAUCCAACAUAAACACAGAGCGACGUCGCUUCGUAGAGCCAGAAACCUCCUCCUCUUUCCGUUUGGAGAGCAAAGCAGCUUCCUCAACCUCAACGAGCAAUUCACACUCCAAGAUUCGCCUUUGAAGAACGUUAGAGUGGUCUGAGAUGGAUGCAUCACAGAAUACAACUGGAAUUGGUGGGAGUGGCGGAAACGGAACGUUGGUCCCUCAAACCAAUGAUACAACUGGAUCGGCAGCGGUUGAUGAUCCAAAGCAAAACCUGAAUCAGGUCAUUAACUCUAUUCAGAAAACUUUAGGCCUCAUUCACCAGCUCUACCUCACGGUGUCUUCGUUCAAUGCCGCGUCUCAGCUUCCCCUUCUCCAACGCCUAAAUGCCCUUGUUAUGGAGCUUGACAACAUGGCUAAGCUGUCAGAAAAAUGCAAUAUCCAGGUUCCUAUGGAAGUUUUUAAUUUGAUCGAUGAUGGGAAGAAUCCUGAUGAAUUCACGAGGGAUGUCAUUAAUAGCUGCAUUGCUAAGAAUCAGAUCACUAAAGGAAAAACUGAUACCUUCAAGAGUUUACGCAAACAUCUUCUGGAGGAACUUGAACAGACAUUUCCGGAUGAAGUUGAAUCUUACAGAGACAUACGUGCUGCAUCUGCUGCUGAAACAAAACGGCUUGCACAAGCACAGAGCACACUACCAAAUGGAGAUGUGAAGGUCAAGCCGGAGCUUUAAGUGUACGAUAUGUUUAUGUAUCAUGUUCUUACUGUCCACGUGUUGGCAUGCUUUUAACGGCUGCUCAACUUUUCAUGACUCUAGCGAUAAAAAUCAUUUGUGUCUACACCUAUUUGCCUGAGACUUUGUCAAUUUACUUCGUAAUAUAGUAACAAGGUUUGUAUAAAUCA